AUGCUGGAUCAUGACAAUUUAAGUAAAUAUUUUACUGAAGCUCAACGAAAAGAUAUUAUUGAGCUAAAUGAACUUUGUAUGAGAGCUCCACCUGGGCGCAUAAGACGUCCUAGAUUCCGUAAACCAAAGCCAAAUCAUGUCCCUAGACCUGUGAAUAGUUUUAUGUCCUAUCGAACAGAGAAACAAUUGCUUAUCAGAAAAUUUUGUCCUGCUGCGAAUCAUCGUGAAAUUUCUAAAAUUGUUGCAAAUUGGUGGCAUGCUACUACACCCGACGAAAAGGCAGUUUAUAUCGCUAAGGCCACUGCUGCAAAGAAUGCUCAUGCUGAAAAGUAUCCAGACUAUGUUUUUCGCCCCAAGUCAAAAAAACUAAAAAAUGUGAGCGUGCCUACAUCCAAAAAGAGCUCAUUUAUUGAUGUGAAGCCUACUUUAACUUCACAAAAUGGUAAAAAACAAAGGACAUAUUCGCCUAAUAAGCAAGAAACAUCCAUAUCACAUUCUUCUCUUUAUCAAGAUGAUGUGCUUUUUGAAUUUUCUUCAAGCAAUAGUAAUAAUUGGAAUAUAAAUAAGCAGGAUUCAACAUUAUCUUCUGCAAGGGCAUCAGAAACUUUUUAUUCUUCCAUGUCAAUCGCUACUACUUCGAAUACGUUUAAUCCAAAUCUAAACUUAAACUUGACCACCAAUUUUACUGAUUUAGGCAAUGAAUUUCUUGAUCCGAUUUUGACAACCGCCACUGCUAAUCUUGAUCAUAAUCUCUUUUUAAUGCAUGAUCCAAUUUUGUUACCUAGUAGCGACCAUUUUGUAAAUACGACUACUUUUAUAAAUAGCAAUGACACAAAUCAUAGAAAAUCAACCGCUCCACCUAUUAUUACAGAUGAAAUCGCAAUGACACAAAUCUAUUUAACCAUGAUGACACCAUGUUCUCAGGCAUUAGAAACUCCAUUGUUAGACUAUUUUCAAUCUCCUGCUAGUCAUACACAACAAAGUGAUUUUACUCAAACAUUAAUACCUCCUACUCAUACUCUGACAAAUCGUACCAUAAAGCCAGAGCAGCUCGAUGCCCCUCUAAUCGGUGAUAUGCUUCUUGCUCCUAAUGCAUCUUGCCUUAAAAUGCAAGAUGAAUGCGGUCAUGCAAACACUGAUUAUGCUAAUUUCAACAAGUUCUUUACUGAUUAUUCAUUUUCUGCUAAUGGCGAAUCUUUAUUUUCAACAAGUGUACUUUCUUCUCCAACUGAUUUUCAUGUUUCUUCUACAGAAAACAUGAUUCACGCUUUAAAUCAGGACACUAAUCAGUUAUUCAAUUUCGCUAAUAUCAAACCAGAGCCAAAGAGUAUUGCUGGUAUCUUUUUAUAUUUCAGCAAAUCUGGCAAAUAUCCAGUUACUGUGGAAACACAUAAUGAACAUUUAUAUAAUUGA